AAAUGCCUGUUUGGAUUACUCCAUAUCACAGGUCGUGGCGCGUGCGAGAAGGUGAUACAGUCAUCAUAUAUCAAUACUUUAUAAGUGCCUAUCAUCCGCCCCUCAUGCGAUUCACAUCGUCCGCCUAUGCUUGCCUCUUCCGGUUAAGUAGCUUUGCCGGCGGACUGCGUUUGACAGCGAGUCCCACCUCCCGUCUGACACGGACUUUUCAAUCCGAUCCUCCUGUACUCUUCGCCCGGAAACUCAUGAUGCAGUCGAGCCGGAAUGUGACCACCAGCAGCGGCGUUAACAGUGAGGAGGGUUUGGGGAAAGCAGGGAGGCAAGGGCCGGGAGGUUUCAGCAGCAUCCCUGUUGUCACAACUGAAGACACGGGUCCUCCGGCGGAGAACAAACGCGUGGCAAGCACGGUUGUUGUAAACGAGAGGAUCCUAAGGACCCCCAGUCCUUAUGGGGCCAACUGUGAUGACGACUCGGAGGCUGAGUCUUUCCGGGAUGGAAGAACCGAGGAGGUCGACCGAGACACUCGGGGCAGAGCGUUUGCGUGGUGCAGAGACUUUCUGUCUGGCUCGUGGAAGACCAUCAAAGAGCAUGAUUUCCAAAUCAGCAUCGUCAGCGGUGGACUGAGUAAUCUGCUGUACCUGUGCAGUUUACCUGACCAUGUGCUCUCGGUGGGUGACGAACCUCGCCUGGUGCUCCUCAGAGUCUAUGGGGCCAUCUUACAGGGAGUGGACUCUCUGGUGUUGGAGAGCGUGAUGUUUGCCAUCCUGGCAGAACGGACUCUGGGGCCAAAACUUUAUGGCAUCUUUCCUGAGGGGCGCUUGGAGCAGUACCUUCCGAAUAUCCGCAUGCGCACGGUUCAACUUUCAGAUCCAGCUAUUUCGGCUGAAAUUGCCACCAAGGUUUCUCGCUUUCAUCAAAUGCUCAUGCCCUUCAACAAAAAGCCUAAGUGGCUGUUUGGGACCAUUGACAAAUACAUGGAUCAAGUGAUGACGCUAAGUUUUACACGUGAAGCACAUGUGAAGAAGUACAAGAAGUUGAUGAAACAUGACCUGCCUGCUGAGCUGGAGAGCCUCAGAGCAUUGCUGGCGGCGACCCCAUCCCCAGUGGUGUUCUGCCACAACGACGUCCAGGAAGGUAACAUUCUCAUGCUGGAAGACAAGGACCAAACAUCUACAGAUAGACUCAUGCUGAUAGACUUUGAGUACAGCAGCUACAAUUACAGGGGUUUUGACUUUGGGAACCAUUUCUGUGAGUGGAUGUAUGAUUACACCUACAACCAGUGGCCAUUCUACAAAGCCACACCAGAGGACUAUCCCACUAGAGAGCAGCAGCUUCAUUUUAUCAGAAGUUAUUUGGCAGAACAAGGACAACACUCCGAUGCAACCGUGGACCAGACACAGGCUGAGGAGGACAUGAUCAUUGAAGCCAACAGGUAUGCAUUAGCAUCGCACUUCCUCUGGGGCCUGUGGUCCAUCAUUCAAGCAAAGAUAUCCAAAAUUGAGUUUGGAUACAUGGACUACGCCCAGUGUCGUUUUGAUGCCUACUACAAACAAAAGAGGCUCUUCUCCUGAUUUCCACCAUCACGCCUCCUUUAUCCUUCCUUGUCGUUCUUCAUGCUCAUGUUCAGCCAUAUUUUAUUGAAACCCCGGGUCCUAUGCAGCUUUGCCUAUGACGAGCAAUGUUGUGUUAAAGGUAGACAUUGACACUCAAAUCCAGGUACACAUAUACUUGCGGUUAGACAAAUCUUACUGCAACCCCUAUUCCAGUGGUGUGAAGUAUUUUGGAGGAGUGAAUGUUGCUUUCUGGCAAUCUUCAUUUGUAACUUUAGUCACAAAUGUUGGUUGCCACCGACUAAUGUCAUUAAAUGUUAGACAGUAACUCUUACUGUAAUUUUCAUUCUGUUUUACUAAAGCAAUGGUAUUAAGUUUAGUGUUGAAGGCUUUUGUGUUUUUAGUAAUUCUACCUCACUUCUUUCUUUGUGAUUCUGCACUGGGGAGUAUAGAUCCCAGAGACCCUGGUAGUAACACUUUCCUGUGUGGGAAGCAGAAAACUGUGAAUGUUCGUAUUAAACGACUCCAUGUUAUGUGCUGCGGAUACUUUUACUGAAGAAUCUGCGCAAAUAUUUUCUCUUCCAGUCCAGCCAGGUUGAGUUAAAAGCUCACUUACAUUUGUCAAAUUAUUACAAGAGGGCUAUUUCAUAGUGUAUCAGUGUAGUCACCAAACAGUUAAUUCAACCACUGAAAGUAGUCUGCUUUGUUAACAAAAGUUUGUAAUAUCUGAUCAUUAGAUAACAUUCUCUACAUUUCUGUUUUUUGAUUUUGUAAUUUUCUAACAUAUUUUAUUAUGCUUUUACUAACUUUUGCCUUUUGCUCAGCUCUGAUAAUAUUCAGAGCUUUUAAUGAUAUCAUGAAUCCUAGCUGGUAAUAUUUAAACGCAUGCCGUUCUUACCAAAUGUAAAAGGUAAACUAAAAUGUACAUCUGGCACAUGCUUGCAACCACAUCAUCCUGACUUCCUAAACUUUGUUCAACAACUGUUUCAGUUUAAAAGUUGGGUUUUGAACAUCUGUCUUUUCUUAUUUUCUUUGUUUAAAUUGUUGUAUUAUCGUUGUUAUAUUUAUUUGGAAUGUAUCCCGUACUUUUUUCUGAAUGCACUAUCAAUCACCGUCUUGAUUCCUUGUUUGCACAUAGCUGCAUCGGUUUACCUAUGAGAAGUAACGAGAAGUUUAACUGUGCCUCAUUAACUACCUUUAUGUGUUUUUUAAAAAAAGCAUGAAUGUCCCAGCACAGUUUCACACUGUCACAUUUCUCUGUAUUAUGUUUGUACUUGGUUCAGCACUAAAUUCUGAAGGACAAUAAACAUACGGGCCCAGAAACUUUUUUAA